AUGUCCGAAUCAAACGCUCUUCUGGCCUUCUUCAGCCAGCAAAGCAACACGGGUGGCAUCAUUGUCAGAGGUCGAACGAGAAUCGAUCGUCUCAUACAAAUCGGAAAGUCAUCAGUGCCGCUAUGCAUCGAUGCGCUCAAGCUCGCCAUAGUUGAGGCAAAGGCCGGCUCAGAUCUAACGCAAUACGCUGAAGCCUGGAAUUGUCUCCGUGUUGCGGCCCCUCAAGAGCCAGAGGCCCAACUCGAAACAGAAUGGGUUGAUCGAGUUGAACGUGAGAACAAAGCCGAGACUACACGUCUCGAAUCUCAGCUUAAGCAGUACCGUCAUAACUUGAUCAAAGAAAGCAUUCGAAUGGGCAACGAAGACUUGGGCCAGCAUUUUGAGAAAACGGGAAACCUAGAAGCGGCAGCCGAAGCGUACAACCGCAUGCGACAGGACGUCACAACCACCAAGCAUAUCAUCGACUGCGGCAUACACCUGGUGAAUGUCUACAUUGCCAAGCGCGACUGGACCAUGGUGCUCAACAAUCUUGGGAAGAUCGUCGGCGUUCAGAGCGGCGACGAGGAACGAAUGUACCAACCUUACACGAAACUUGUCUCCGGUAUCGCGCUCCUCGGACUAAAGCACUACAAAGAUGCAGCCAACAAUUUCCUUCAAGUUGACUUUGCUCUACCUCCAGCACAAUACAACCAUAUCGCCAGCCCCAACGACAUUGCAGUGUACGGAGGGUUACUGGCUCUGGCAACUAUGGAGAGGAAUGAGCUUCAGGCUCGAGUCUUGGACAACCAAUCCUUCCGUUCAUUCCUAGAGAACGAGUCACACAUACGAAAAGCCAUCAGUCUAUUUGUUAAUGGCAGAUACUCGAGCUGUCUGGCCAUUCUCGAAUCCGUCCGAAACGAUUAUUUACUCGACGUUUAUCUGCAGCGCCACAUCUCCACGCUUUACUCACAGAUUCGGAACAAGUGCAUUGUCCAGUACUUCAUUCCGUUCUCGUGCGUUACCAUUGAGAGUCUGAAUAAGGCGUUCGCAUCAGAAGGGGAGUCAGUUGAAACAGAACUUGUGACUAUGAUCCGCGAGGGAGACCUCAAGGCUCACCUGGAUGCAAAGAACAAAAAGCAGGCCCUUGAUGUCUCUCGCCAGUACGAGCAAGAGGCCAAGGAUAGGCUUCGCCGCAUGAACAUUAUUGCUGCUGGUCUGGAGAUUGUUGGUAAGAGACAGCAGCAUUCCGGUCAAGCCGGUCGUGGAAUCGACGAGCAGUGGUAUGACGAUGCCAGAACAUCUGGUCAGCAAAGCCAAAUUGAAGGAGUUUAG